AUGCCUGCUGUCCCUCCCGGAUCCCUCGUCCUCCUCACCGGCGCGUCCGGCUUCAUCGCAACCCACACCGUCCAGGCAUUCUUGGACGCGGGAUACCCCGUCCGCGGCACAGUCCGCUCCAAGGACAAGGGCGAGUACCUCGCCAACCUCUUCAAGGGGAGCAAGGUCCCCUUUGAGUAUAUCAUCGUCGAGGACAUUGGCAAGUCCGGAGCGUUUGACGAGGCGGUCAAGGAUGUCGUCGGUGUCGCGCACACUGCCUCGCCGUUCCACUUCAAGGCCACCAACCCCGAGGAGCUCAUCCGCCCCGCCGUGGACGGAACCGUCGGCGUGCUCAAGAGCAUCCAGAAGCACAACCCCAAUGUCAAGCGUGUGGUGAUCACCAGCUCGGUGGCCGCCAUCCGUUCCGGCGCGCCCAGCCCUGCCGUCUACACUGAAAAGGACUGGAACGAGCAGUCGACCGAAAACGUCAAGAAGCUCGGCAGCGCGGCGAACCCUUCGGACAAGUAUCAAGCCUCGAAGACUCUGGCCGAGAAGGCAUUCUGGAAGUUUAUCGAGGACGAGAAGCCCUCGUUUGACGGUGCCACCAUCCACCCUCCCCUCACCAUGGGUCCCGUCAUCCAGCCUCUGGGCAGCAUCGAGCAGAUCAACACGUCGAACGGUAUUGUCCUCAGCUGGUUCCGUGACAACCACAAGCAAGACGAGAUCCCCCCCUCGGCGCCGUUCAACUGGGUCGACGCUCGUGACGUCGCCCAAGCCCAUGUCCGCGCCCUCGCUGUCCCCGAGGCGGGUGGCGAGCGCUUCAUCACUAGCGCCGGUCCCGCCGGUCCCAACGACUACGUGCUGGCCUUUGAGCGCUUCUUCCCCGACCGCACAACCUACCCCAAGGGCAACAAGGCCGAGGUUGCGACCUGGCACGCCAAGAGCGACCUUUUCGACGGCUCCAAGGCUGAGCGUGUGCUGGGCAUCAAGUACCACCAGCUCGACGAGAGCGUCAAGGACACUAUUGACAGCCUUGUCAAGAGGUACAACGUUUGA